AUGGCUGCUGAUCUAUCGCGUCAACUAGCCGACGGGGCUAAUGACGGCACAACGAUCGGCCCGCAUUCACCACCGCUGAUCGCAGCCUCUGCCGUCUCCUCGCCGGAUGACGGGGAGACAAUAUUCAGCGGCGAGACUCAGCUCGACAACAUCGCAUCCACCGUCGCCACCUCAACCGCCCCCGACGAUGACAAGCCUAACCACAAGGGUGAGCAAGAGGUGGGCGAAGAGCAAGGCCUGUGCGACAAGAAGAUUGAUAAGGCUGCGCACGAUCUGGCGUACACCACUGGCGGAGCGGAGCCCAUCUCGGGAACGGCGCCCGUCUCGGGAACGCAGCGCUAUCCUACUGAGCUAGUAGAGCUUGACGUUGAGGGCGAAAACAUCCCAUCUAGCUUUAGCGUCAAGCUCGCUGCUUUCAAGCGUCAUUCGCCUCUUCUCGCCUCCAUCCGAUCUAUGCUUCCUGGCAACAUUCGGUCAUGCACGCCAGAACCAGAUCUCGCUCCAGUCCAUGGGCCGCCCGAAUUCCACUGCGGGACUCAAGAACACGACGACCCCCUCAGCGCCCAGAUUGGGCUUGGUAACCAUGUCCCACGAUGGGUACCCGGCUCCGUCCUGACCUACGUCAUCUGCACCGAGACGUUUCUGGACCCUUACGAUGCGGUCUUCACUGCCAUCGAGCUCGCCAAGGCCAUAUCCAUGUGGAAGAGCAUUGGUGUCACUUUCAAGCAAGUCACGCGGCGAUACAGCGCGGCCAGCUUCCGGGUCGUUUACAGGGACCUGCCAGUCAACAACCAAAAAGACACACUCGCCAGCGCCUUCUUCCCCAACACAGAUCAUCCUGAAGAGCGCACUCUACACAUUUACGCCCUGGCCUUCACUCAGUACCACAUCAACAACCAAGCCAACUUCCUCGCCCACGAGAUCGGGCAUAUCCUCGGCUUCCGCCAUGAAUUCUCCAGGGAGGAGGAGCCACUUUUCUGGUCCGCCACGUGGGGGAACCGAAACCCGAACAGCGUGAUGUCUUACUACCAUGACUCGGGUCUAUGGCAGGUGCAGAAGCAGGACCUCAAGGAGCUAAAGUCCUUCUACGAUUCAUCCAUGAAGACGUACAAGAGGCGGCCGGUCCGCAACUUCAGGCCACAGAGCUCCGUGUACACAUGA